UUCGGUCCAUCGAUCGGCGGCGGGGUGAGAUUUUGGUGGAUCGGUGGUGAUUUGAGAGUGGGGGUUGUGUUGUGUGCUUUUUGCUCAGGUUUCGGAAGGAUCGGGAGGCUCGUCGCCAGGGUUGCUCUCCUGAGCGAGGAUGUCGAGCUCGUCGCCGUCAACGACCCCUUCAUCACCACCGAGUACAUGACCUACAUGUUCAAGUACGACACCGUUCACGGAAACUGGAAGCACAGUGACAUCAAGCAAAAGGACGACAAGACUCUCCUCGUCGGUGAGAAGCCCGUUACUGUCUUCGGCGCCAGGAAUCCUGAGGAGAUCCCAUGGGCUCAGGCUGGUGCCGAUUAUGUCGUGGAGUCCACCGGUGUCUUCACUGACAAGGACAAGGCAGCUGCUCACUUGAAGGGUGGUGCCAAGAAGGUGGUCAUCUCUGCCCCCAGCAAAGAUGCCCCGAUGUUUGUGGUCGGUGUCAAUGAGGACAAGUACACCUCAGACGUUAGCAUUGUCUCGAAUGCUAGCUGCACCACAAACUGUCUUGCUCCCCUAGCUAAGAUCAUUAAUGACCACUUUGGUAUUAUUGAGGGUCUGAUGACCACUGUUCAUGCCAUCACUGCUACCCAGAAGACUGUUGACGGACCAUCGAGCAAGGACUGGAGAGGUGGCAGGGCUGCAAGCUUUAACAUCAUCCCGAGCAGCACAGGUGCUGCCAAGGCUGUUGGCAAGGUUCUGCCUGAGUUGAAUGGCAAGCUUACUGGUAUGUCCUUCCGGGUUCCCACUGUGGACGUGUCGGUUGUUGAUCUCACUGUUAGAACCGAGAAGGCUGCCUCAUAUGAGGACAUUAAGAAGGCCAUCAAGGCAGCAUCUGAGGGAAACCUCAAGGGAAUCAUGGGUUAUGUUGAGGAAGAUCUGGUGUCCACCGACUUUCUUGGUGACAGCAGGUCGAGCAUUUUCGAUGCCAAGGCUGGAAUUGCUCUUAACGACAAUUUCGUCAAGCUUGUCUCGUGGUACGACAACGAGUGGGGUUACAGCAACCGUGUCGUCGACCUGAUUCGCCACAUGGCCAAGACUCAGUAGAGAGCUGCUUUCCUCCUGUGGCCUCUGAGUUGGAGAUUUUGAAUUCCCCGACGGAGUUAUCUAGAGAAUAAAUGUGGAUCCUUAUCCUUGUUCUAAUUUUGUUCCGCUUUGAUCAAAUUUUGUUCCUCUAUAAAAGAGCAAUUUUGGCCGCCCUUAAACUUGUGUUCCCAUCCACAUGAAACUUGAUCUCAAAAGUAUUUUGUUGUGUUCCUUGUCUGUAUCCCUUUUUGUUCCCCUUUUAUCAACUUUUGUUCGUCUAUUUGGCAAGUUGAAGAGUGCAUGCUUAUUUGGCAA